AUGGGCAAAACCACAUGGAAUUUAAAUAUUUAUCCAGCUGGACAGAAAGAUGUGAACAGAAACAUCAACUUUUUUCUUUAUAGAGAGGAAGAUGAUAGCACUGAAGCACCUAUAAAUGUGAAAAUUCAGCUUGAUUUCUUAGAUAAAAAGGGUUUUUCACUUGAGGCUUUCUGCAUUGAUCACGCUUUUAAAAAAGGUGAAGGGUAUGGAUGUCGAUCAUUCGCUAAGAAAAAAGAAGUCUUUAAUACAAAGCGAUCGAUAUUUCUUCCUCAGGAUACUCUAACGGCACGCUGCAAAAUGUGGAUAAAAGGUGAUGUCAUGACACAAGAUGGCCAAUGUUUUGCUCGCACUCGCAUGGAAGUCGAGAAGAGAUCCUUCUUGUGGAACCUGGAAAAUUUUAGUAAUCUUGAAUUAGAGAAGAAACGCAACUAUAUUUUUAAGUCACCUACGAAUAAUGAACCGUUAAUGUCUGUAGAACUGUUUGUGACAGAAGUUGAAAAUUCCGACAAAAGUAUUCGUUACGCACUGACUGUUCAGGAUGAAACCAUUCUGUGUGCCAAUUUGCGAUUGUGCCUCGUCGAUGCUUCUGGAAAUAAGAUACAAUGCAAUCAAGAAGACAUUUGGUGCUCUAGUGUCCAUGAAAGAACUGAAUUUACAUUCCCUUUUACUAAAAAAAUGCUGUUGGCAAAUAAAAAUUUGUUUCUGCCAAACGACAUUUUGUCAUUGGAUUGGGAAUAUGCCUUUUCAAAAGGAAUUACGCUCGAAGAAAUUAGUUACGGAAGUUCCAGUUCAGAAGACUCCGAAGCUGACAAAACCGAUCUGACUAAUAACGAUAUGGUAUCUCCUACGAUCUCAUUGAUUGACACCUUAAAAUCCUUUUACGUGGAAAAGUUGCUAUGCGACGUUCAGUUAAGGACAAGAACAGGGACAUUUCCUGCCCAUAAAAUUGUUCUUUCUGCUGCUGCUUCUGUAUUUCAAACAAUUUUUUCCAGCAAGGUGAACGAAAGAGAGAAUGACUGCGUCGAUAUGGAAGAGCUGGAUGAUGAUACAGUCAACCGAAUGCUAAACUACAUCUACACCUCAAAUGUGGAAGAUUUGACUUGGAAAAGCGCUUCUAACUUGUACGAAGCAGCGAGCAAAUAUGCCAUCCUGAAUCUCAAGAAUUUGUGUUCUUCCUAUCUGAAAGAUAAUCUCUCCCCGAGCAAUGCAUGCGAAAUUCUGUUGUUGUCUCACAAUUAUUCCGAUAAUGAAAUGAAAGAAGCUGUAAUGGACUACAUAAUAGAACACGGCAAAGAAAUUUUGAACUCCGAGUGGAGACUAUUGAUGAAUUCGAACGGAAAGUUGGCAGCAGAAGCCUUGUAUCGUCUGCUUUGCGAAAACUGA